UGCCGCCACAGUCGCUGCCGCCCAAGCCGGCCGCCUGCCGCCAGUCGCUCUCAGCCCGCUCGCCAAGACACACGCUCACAGUGUCGCCCCUUCCAUCUUCCUGCUGACGUCCGCCCCCACAGCCGCCACGGCACGCCACAAGCAGCACUACACCAAGCUGAGGGACCCUGAGCACCACGCAGAGACAAAGGACAGCAGUCUGUGAACUUUGAACUCUCAGAAGAAAUAUAAUACGUCCGUGGGCCACCGCCGCCUUUUGAAAUGUUGAACCCAGACCACACCCUAGAGUAUACACAGAUGGAGGAGAAGGUGGUGGACGGUAAAGAGAAGAAGUAUGUGUUAUACACGGUGGUGGGAGAGGAGCGCGGGCGUGCGGGCGUGGGCGUGUGGGUAGUUCGGGUGCUACUGGGCACGCUGCUGCUGGUGGCGCUGGCGGUGGUGCCCUACCUGUCGCUGCGGCUGGCGCAGGUCAGCGACCGCACCCUGGUGGUGUUCCAGCCCGUGCCCGUCCGCAACCACUCCCUGCACCACCACCAGCACCACACCCUCGACCACACCCACCUCGGCCACCUGGACGUCGUCAGCGUCCUGCAGAGCGCCGCCCUCACCAGGGAGAACUACACGGCGGAGGCGGCCAACACCACGCUCAAGGCCGCCAUCCCCGCCAACACCAGCACCGCCGCUAGCACCGCCGGCGGCAUCGUCACCCUGCACGAGUCGGCCGUCACGCUCGCCGUCAUGGAGGACACUAACGCCACCCGCAACAGGGAUGACGACGCUAGCGACGUCGAAGGUGAUGACGACGACGACGACGACGACAGUGAGAAGACGGUGGUGGAGGUGGAGAAGAAAGAGCCCGAGGAAAACUCCACAACAGAAGAGUCCGUCGGGACGUCUGAAGCGCCCGCCUCGGUGGCGCAGGUGGCCGCCGUGACGGUGGUGGCCAGCCCGUCCACACCGCCGGUGGUGCUCGAGAAUACCACCACCAGCCUCAACACCACCACCACCGGCCCCGCCAAGGACUCCAACUUAACUUCCAUAACCGCCGCCGUCUCCACGGCCGCCCCUACCUCGACGCCGCCCACCACCCAGCCGUCGCCCAACACCACCGCCAAGGUUCCCGCCACCAUGGAGGCGAAGGUGGCGGCAUCUAGCACGGCGUCGGCCCCUAAUUCGACGAGCAGUGCCACCUUGCCACCCGCCACCCCCACCCGACGCCUCCUCGCCCACAAGCUGGUCUACGUCGCCACCACCGCCUCCGGUAACCACAUAGGCGGCUUCUGCGUGUGGAAGACCGACAAGGCCAUCACCCACUGGUCCUUCUUCUACGAGAACAUCCCCAUAGAGUACCAGAGCCACCAGGACUCCUCCGACCACGAGAUGCGGGGGAUGCUGGCGGCGGUGCGGACCUGGGCGCCCCUCUGGAACGAUCACCAUGUCGUCCUCCGCUCGCACCACCCGACCAUCAAGGGAUCCGACCAUCCGACGCGUCACGCCCUUACCCGCGAGCUGGAAAAAUUGUCGGAGGGACACUUCACGUACGAGCUAGAGUGGCGGCUGCGGAAGACAGACCGGGUGGUGGACAUCUCGUACUGCCUCUCCCGCCUGCACCGGGACUACGCCCACUGGUACCGCACCUUCCAGGGGAGAGUGGACGAGCUCCUUGGUCAGCAAGACUGGGCUGUCGCCAGGAAGCUGAACCGCGCCUCCAUCUCUCAAGAAGCCUUCCACACUGACUUUCCCGACGACAGUGAAGAUGUGGUGGUGGUAGGGGAGAAGUGAGGCGGCACACUCACCUACACACCAACCAUACCACCUGCCAGGCGCCCUACACCCAAACCAAUCCGCCAGGCGCUCUACACCAACCACCCUGUAAACACUACAUUCAACAUGACUAAAAUUUUAAGUGAUUAGCGGACACUGUCGUAGAGGGUCGAGUUGCCACACGCUAAAAUUAUUGUUCUGGCUAGACACGAGUAGGAAACCUCUGUCUCUUGUGAUACUUAUGGUGAGAUAGGAAGGUUUACUUGACUUUGUGAUAAAAGUAUAGACCUACUAUUCAAGCCUCUUUCAUACCUUCAUAUAGAAAUCCAAGUAAUUCAGUCUAAACCAAUAGAUAGCUCACAAGUUAACGAAACUCAGUUCCACAUUGAAAUUAAUCUUACUCGACGAGAGACUAAUUAAUGAAAGAUGGUGUGAAGUCUUCAGCUCCAGUGCAUAGAAUUAUCUGAUCAGCUCUCCGUCUAACAAACCAAUUACCGCAAUAAAUUCCGUCGCGACAGCAAGAAAUGUCGAUCGGGGAACUGAGGAUAGGGAGCCGCUGACAACUUACAGUAAAGUUCAAUAAAAUAUUAAAGAAAUAAAAGUACCUACACCCGACGUUAGACUGAAAGCGGCUCAUCAUGAACCGGUUCGCUUCAUACAUAUAUAAUAUGUUU